CGUAUGUCUUCUCUUAAAUCGUCUGCAAGCGCCAAGAUGAAGGUUGAAUUUUGUCCAUGCUUUACUGGUUGUAUCUGACUCUAGGAUAAAAGUGUCUGUCUGUAGGACUAAAUAUGAACAAAGAAUCUGAUCAGAAUGGACAUGAGGACUCGGAUGGGGAAAUUGAUAUUAGAUCAAAUAGUCCUGUUGUAAAUUCUGGUCCAUUUAAACACCUGUAUGAUGUUAAAGUACCUACUGCAGUUAAAGAUGGAGAUAACUUAAAGUUCACCAUAACAGUUUGUGAUCCAGACAAUGAUGAAGAACUUAGUACAGUUACCAGAAUUUAUGACGAUAUAGAAUGGUUACAGCAUUGUUUAAUGACUCAGAACAGUGUAUCAGGAAUUAUAGUACCACCUUUACCAAACAGACCAGAAACAGAUGCUAAGGCAGCAGAAUCUAAAUCAAAGAAACAAUUAGGCAGUGGAAGCAAGGUCAUGGUUCAGGAUGAUUUUACUCGGGACUGUAGGAGUGCUGAAAACUACUUUAAACUUGUUACUCAUCAUGAAGUGUUUGGAAAAGAUGAAAAUCUACGAAAAUUUCUGUUAGAGAAAGAGGCAGCAGUAAAAGCGAAAGUAAAGAGGGGAUUCUUCAACAGAAUGUCAAAUAUGGUAGAUGAAGCCAGAAAGGGACAGCAUAAGGAUGUUGAUGAUUUUUUUCAAAAACAAAGAGAAUGGGCCGUCAAUUAUGGAAAGUAUAUGAAAGAUGCAUCACUGAAUUUCAACAAAAUGGUAUAUGCUCAGAUGAGACUAGCAAGUUGUUAUACUCAUUUAGGAACAUGUUUGUCAGGAGGAACUAUAGACAGAGAUGAAACUUCAGUCAGGAUUAACAAAUAUCUUGGAAAACUUGGUGAAGGCAUAGAAAAUGCUAAGCAUGGUUUAGAAGUAUUAAGUGCCAAUGAUGAAAAGACUGUUGCCUUUCAAUUAGACCUGUUUGCCAGAUACAUGGAUGCAGUAAAGGAAAUGUUGUUUAGAAGAACCUGUUUACUGGUGGAGUAUGAAGAUGCAUGUAAAGCUUUAGAAAAGGCAAAACCUAACAAGAAACAGGCAGCAGAAGAAGCCAAAGAGAAAGCAGAAAAACUGUAUGAAGAAUGCACCAUAAAUGCCAGAAAAGAGUUGAAGACAUUCCUACGAAACAGGCUGAUAUCUUUUGAAGAUUGUUUGUCAAAGUUUGCAGAAUCCCAAAUAAAGACGGCAAGAGAUACAUAUACCUUACUUGUCAGAUCACUAACAGAAAUCAAACAAAUGGAUUAAUGUCUUAUUGCUACAAAAACUGUUAUAAAUAACUUAUUUACGAACAAAAGGCCAAAGUUAUACAACAAUUAUGAGGACUUGGAAGACACUGUAAUUUUAGCUCAAACUUCAGUACAGAGCAGAAAUCAUAACAUAAACAAUAUGUUGUUAGCUGUUUUACAACACAUAUAUAGACUAAAUGAAAUUUAUAUUAUUCCUAAAAAAAGAUUAAGAAUGUUUUCAGUCUGUUGUCAGCUGUUUUAAACUGAAAUAGUUUUAAUAUCUUAAAAUUGAAAAUAUCUUUGUAAUUAAUCAUGCUACAUUCAAUUAUGAAAAAUGAAUGUAUACUUAGUACUUUGAAGUUGAUUCUAAAUUUCAAAUGAAUUAAUUUAUUUUAACAUACUAGGUUGUUUUUGACAGUUUCAAAUGGCACUUAAUCUUUGUAUUUCUAAAUUAAGGAUGUUCGCUAUUCUGUUUAAAAAUAACAAGCUUUUUAAAUGGCUGUUAUAUAAUAUAAAGGGUUAUAAUUCUCUCUAGAUUUUUCUUAUAUUUAACAUUGGCACCUUUUUUGUUUCAAAAUGUAUGAAAAAAUAACAAGGAUUUUAUGAGACUUUGAAAUAAGUGUUU